UGUCAUCAGCCCAGUCAUACACACAAAGACGAGGAGGACCCACAGGCGCUCUGACUCUCUCAGCUUAGUUAGCAUACACUGCUGUGGAGCGGCUGUCUACAUCCCACUGUUGUCCCAACGAUGAACUCCAAAGUAAAAGUGACUGCUUAGUGGUGAGGGGAGACUGACCAAGACACAGAAGGGAAAGAGGAAGGGAAAGAGGAUUGUGUGUGUAUGUGUGUGUGUGUGUGUGUGUGUGUGUGUGUGUUUGUGUGAGUCUAAGCAUGGUUAUAAGUGUAUGUAUGUAUGUGUGAGAUUGUGUAGCAUGUGCAAAUGCGAGAACAAGCAUACGCCUUGAUUCAUGAAGAAGGCUUUAUGCGGCUAAAUAAGAGUAGGUUCAAUAAGUUGCCAAAGGGUUCAACUAAUAACAUGAGGCUAUAAAGCGCCACUAUAAACUGUCCACCUCAAGAAAGCUGCUGGCCAAAGGACAGCGCCACCUCCCUCCUACAGCUGUUCCUGGUGGUAGCAAUUAACCCGUACAUCCACCACCAUGCUGCAGCAGAUUUUAAAGGAUAUGUACAUCGACCCUGAUGUGCUGGACGCUCUCAAUGAGGACCAGAAAAAGACUCUGUUCCUGAAAAUGCGCCAGGAGCAAGUGAGGCGCUGGAAGGAGCGAGAGGAGAAGCUGGAGAGAGAAGGCGGGGACACCGAGUUCAAGCGAACAAAGCCACGAAAAGCCAACGGCAAGAGUGUGAACUGGCUGCUCGGUCGGGAUGGAGACGUGGCUGUCAAUGUGAUUGGGGAGGUGGAUGAGUUGACCUCCAAGUUCAUCUGCUCAGGAAUUGUAGAAAAAAAGGAGCCCAGCCUUCAGAACAACACACACCACCCAACUAUCCUGAAGAUCAGAAAAAACACAGAGCACGUCAGAACUGAGAGGGAAAAUCUCCCUCCUACAACACAGCCAAGCAUAUCGCCUAAUUUAAAGGGGAAAUGUGAGGAGACGAGCACUUUGCUCCCUCUGCCGGUGUCAGUGAGCGAGCAUUCACCAACUACAGCGGCGCAGAAGCAGCCUGAGCUGAAGUCAGCCAGUGCUACCGAGGAGAAGUCAGCUCCCCAGCCAUCCAUCUGCUCCAGGCCUCCCAUGAGAACUAGCCCUGUCAACGUGAGACCAGCUUCUGCAAAUGCGCCACCAGGCUACGUCAACACAAGACCCGGCCUCACAAACCCGAGGCCGGCCACCACCACACCAUCCUCUUCCUGCCUCUUCCUUCCUUCCAGCACUGCCAAAAUAGACUCUGGAAUGUCGUCAGCCACCAAAGGCAGCCCGUGCUCACAGGGCCCUCAGAAUCCCCAGGAAUCACAGGGCGGGAAAGGUAUUGCUGCAUCAGAAACAUCUCGGAGUGCUGCCGGGACAUCAGAGAGUGCACCAAGCUGCAAAGGGCGUGGCCGUGUGGCUCAGCUCAUGAAAGCCUUUAACGCUAAUAGCACCACAACCCCAGUACAGACCCCUCCCCGUGGUAUCAAGCCACCUCUUCCCAGCAAGCCUAGCCACUUACGUCAGACAACCACACCAACCGUCAGGUAAUCCUUGAGUGGGCACCCAUCCAGCAUCAUGUGUCCCCGUGAUUCAAAUAAAGCCCCACCAGACAUUUUCAGACACCAAAUGUGGAACCACUGGGUUAUCGCGAUGGAGAACUCCAAAGGGAGCUCAGAAAUGGCAAUGUUCACAUUGUUCCCAAAGCACAGCGAUGGAAAUGCUUGAAUGUAAUGCUUUUCUUUUCUUUUUGGAUGCUGCAGUACUGUAAACACUAUUUGUGGGAAAGCAAUUCCAAAGCAGUUAAUUGCAUUUGGAUAAUAUUUUUGUUUAUCAAACAGUUCUUCUACCUUUUGCCAGGGAAUUGAUGAAUGUCACAUGACGAUGGUGUUUCCACUUUGUGCAACAUGAAAAACACACCAAAAUACUAAUGUUGUUCUGAUGCACAGAUUUCAGUCCUUUUCACAAAGCUUGUGCACACAAUAGCUCCAUAAUUAUCACCACCUACGAGACAGUAUAUAUUAGCUCAUGCACACACAUGUCAGGUUUAGUUUUUUCCUCCUAUAUUUUUGGUCACCUUAAACAAAAGAAUGGGCAUGGGCAGACAUAAUGAGGUGAAAGAAGGUACAGUAGGGUCCUCCUUCAUCUUGCUGUCUCCUCCCAGGGAAUAGUGUAGGGUUGUUUAUUUGUUACAGUGCAAUGUAUGUCUCCCUCUGUCACCUGGCAGGAGUCUCAUUGCGACCUGUUGUGGACCAAUGACAGUGCCAAAUGCACUCAUCUGUCACUCCCAGCGGAUCAAAUCCUGGCAAGUUAGACAGUUGCUGCCAAAUAAUCCAGCUCUGUGUUGCUGUUCUUUAUUUUCUUUCCAUCCUAUUUUUGAGUGGUUGGACUUUUUUGUUGUUGUUGUUGUUGUUUUUGCAUUUUCUAUAAGGAGGACAACAUUUUGUAAUGGGAUAUUUAACUGCGUUACAACAUUGGUCACUUGUUUAAUAGAGACAUCUGGAUCUUUAAUGUCAAGGUUGUACGGUGCAGUCAAAUGAAGAAUAAAACUACAUAUUUUCUAUACCUAA